CAGCGGCGCACUGGAGCAGCUGUCAGUGGGGGAAGCUGCUGUCAGUGCGGCGCUAACCGAGCUGUUUGCCGGCUAGUUUGCGCCGGGAGACAGUUUAAAAAGCCAACAAUGGCGGGAGUGCACCCCCAGGACGACCUGCUGAAAAUGACACACAGAGAGAACUGGAAGGUGCAGCAUGAGCGUCUCCAUGUGAAGCACAGGGGUCAUGAGGCCAUGCACGCAGAGAUGGUGCUCAUCCUCAUCGCCACCCUGGUGGUGGCUCAGAUAGUCCUGGUGCAGUGGAAGCAGCGGCACCACCGCUCCUACAACCUGGUGACUCUCGUCCAGAUGUGGGUGGUUCCUCUUUACUUCACCAUCAAACUCUACUGGUGGAGGUUUCUGUCCAUGUGGGGGAUGUUCUCCGUCGUCACCAGCUACGUCAUCUUCAGGGCCACUCGCAAGCCGCUGUCCUGCAGGACGCCGAGGAUGGUGUACAAGUGGUUCCUGUUGAUCUACAAGCUGAGCUAUGCAGUGGGCGUCCUGGGCUACCUGGCCAUCAUGUUCACCAUGUUCGGCUUCAAUGUCUUCUUCAGGAUCAAGGCAGAGGACUCUAUGGACGUAGGUGUGAUCAUGCUGUUUUACGGGCUUUACUACGGCGUCAUGGGAAGAGACUUUGCUGAGAUCUGCUCUGACUACAUGGCUUCUACAAUCGGGAUUCCACGAGUUCUGCAUCCGCGGCUGGUGCAUCGUGGGUAAGAAGCAGACGUGUCCGUACUGCAACGAGAAGGUUGACUUGAAGAGGAUGAUGAACAACCCCUGGGAGAAGACACAUGUCCUGUACGGGCAGCUGCUUGACUGGCUCAGGUAUCUGGUUGCCUGGCAACCCAUCAUCAUCGGUAUCGUUCACGGGAUUAACUUCUCCCUGGGCCUGGAAUAGAGCCCUGAGGAACGCCGCUGCAAGUACGUCCUGGGGUCGCGGGGGGGAAAAUCAGCUCGACAAGGAACUGAUUCAGGCUGCUUUUGAAGUCUUUUGUUUCCUCAGUACAUGUUGUUGGACCGAACGCUUGCACAGUUUCCAGCAGAGCGAUCCCAGGUGGUCUGGGUCUCUGUGUGCAGAGGACACUGUGAUGCCAAAACUGCUGCCAACUUCAACAAAAACAUUUGAAGCACAGUUUAUGUCUAGUUCAGAAACUUCUGGAGGUGUUGCUGUCAUGCAUGUUUUUUUAUUGUGAUAAAUCAUUGCUUUACUUUGUACUGUAUCAUAAAAAUGCCUUUUUAAACAAUUGUAUUGUUUGCACACUUCCUCACGGCUGGUUCUGUCUACAACCACUAACAAGAAUUUAUUUUAAAGGAGUUUUCUGCUGCAGAAGAAAUUGAUUAGUUAAAGUACAGUUCUGUCCGAAUAGUGUUACAUAACCUGUUUACAUUUCUUGCAACUUUGUUUAUUACAUUCGUUUUAUUUGGGAUGUCUGUUCUAUUGUUAUUUGUAUGAAUCUAAAGUUGAUGGUAAUGUAGCAGUCACUGUUACUGUCACUGCAGCUGAAACUUACUAUCAGGAAUUGAAUGUAUCACAUUAUAAAACAGGAGAGAAUGAGGAAGUGGAUAAUCUUGCCUACGUUCCUAAUAACUAUGGUAACCACCAACAUUUAUUAACAGGAGUUUCAUUCAAGUGGUUGAAGAGUGAC